AGGACAAGAAGAGAGGGACUCAAACGUCACAGCUGUCAGCACUGUGACAAAUCCUUCAAAACAUCAGGUGAGCUAAAAAUCCACCGACGAGUUCACACUGGCGAGAAACUGUACGGCUGUGAACAGUGUGGGAAAACUUUCACUCGAUCAGGUCACCUAAAAACCCACCAACGUGUUCACACUGGCGAGAAACUGUACGGCUGUGAACAGUGUGGGAAAACUUUCACUCAAUUGUGUCACCUAAAAACCCACCAUCGUGUUCACACUGGCGAGAAACUGUACGGCUGUGAACAGUGUGGGAAAACUUUCACUCAAUUGUGUCACCUAAAAACCCACCAACGUGUUCACACUGGCGAGAAACUGUAUGGCUGUGAACAGUGUGGGAAAACUUUCACUCGAUCAGGUCACCUAAAAGAGCACCAACGAGUUCACACUGGAGAGAAACCGCACUGGUGUGAACAGUGUGGAAAAACUUUCACUCGAUCAAAUAACCUAAAACUCCACCAACGAGUUCACACUGGAGAGAAACCGUACUGGUGUGAACAGUGUGGGAAAACUUUCACUACAUCGGGUAACUUAAAAACCCACCAACGAGUUCACACUGGAGAGAAACCGUACAGCUGUGACCAGUGUGGGAAAACGUUCAUUACUGGAGGUCAACUAAAAAUUCACCAACGUGUUCACACUGGCGAGAAACUGUAUGGCUGUGAACAGUGUGGGAAAACUUUCACUCAAUUGUGUCACCUAAAAACCCACCAUCGUGUUCACACUGGCGAGAAACUGUACGGCUGUGAACAGUGUGGGAAAACUUUCACUCAAUUGUGUCACCUAAAAGAGCACCAACGAGUUCACACUGGAGAGAAACCGCACUGGUGUGAACAGUGUGGAAAAACUUUCACUCGAUCAAAUAACCUAAAACUCCACCAACGAGUUCACACUGGAGAGAAACCGUACUGGUGUGAACAGUGUGGGAAAACUUUCACUACAUCGGGUAACUUAAAAACCCACCAACGAGUUCACACUGGAGAGAAACCGUACAGCUGUGACCAGUGUGGGAAAACGUUCAUUACUGGAGGUCAACUAAAAAUUCACCAACGUGUUCACACUGGCGAGAAACUGUAUGGCUGUGAACAGUGUGGGAAAACUUUCACUCAAUUGUGUCACCUAAAAACCCACCAUCGUGUUCACACUGGCGAGAAACUGUACGGCUGUGAACAGUGUGGGAAAACUUUCACUCGAUCAGGUCACCUAAAAGAGCACCAACGAGUUCACACUGGAGAGAAACCGUACUGGUGUGAACAGUGUGGGAAAACUUUCACUACAUCAGGUAACUUAAAAACCCACCAACGAGUUCACACUGGAGAGAAACCGUACAGCUGUGACCAGUGUGGGAAAACGUUCAUUACUGCAGGUAAACUAAAAAUUCACCAACGUGUUCACACUGGCGAGAAACUGUACGGCUGUGAACAGUGUGGGAAAACUUUCACUCAAUUGUGUCACCUAAAAACCCACCAACGUGUUCACACUGGCGAGAAACUGUACGGCUGUGAACAGUGUGGGAAAACUUUCACUCGAUCAGGUCACCUAAAAGAGCACCAACGAGUUCACACUGGAGAGAAACCGUACUGGUGUGAACAGUGUGGAAAAACUUUCACUCGAUCAAGUAACCUAAAACUCCACCAACGAGUUCACACUGGAGAGAAACCAUACUGGUGUGAACAGUGUGGAAAAACAUUCACUACAUCAGGUGAACUUCAAAUCCACCAACGUGUUCACACUGGAGAGAAACCGUACUGGUGUGAACAGUGUGGAAAAACUUUCACUCAAUCAGCUCACCUAAAAAAGCACCAACGUGUUCACACUGGAGAGAAACCGUACAGUUGUGGCCAAUGUGGCAAAUCUUUUACCGACAGGAGAAACCUUAGAAGACACAAAUGCAUCCACAAUGCGUCACUGUGA